ACCUUGACAAUGACCAUUAUGAUCCGCUCAAAAUUCUGUAUCUAAUAAGUAGAAAAUUGAGCAUAGGAUCUGGACUCCGCCAUCGUUGUGCAGCCAAAAUGGUGCGAACAGAGACUCUUCUCAGCGAGUACAUCAAUUUCAGCGACCAGGAUGCCGGCUUGAGCGAUGGAGAACUCAUCAACAAAGAGCUCAUGUUCUACGGCGCCGCGGCAGUCAGCCAUCUCUGCAAUGAGCAAGAACAAGGCAUCAACAUCGAUGAUAAUCUUCGCAAAAGUGAGCGGUUCCGAUUCAUCCGAGAACUCGACAUAAUCUCAUCAAUCUACUCAAUUGCCCCGAUAAGCAAGAAAGCGGGGAUCAAGUCAACGCCGCCCGUCAUUGCUUGGUCUAAUCGACUUCAGACCCUCUUUCUGGGCUUCUGUUGCACUCGCGACAUGAACGAUGUCCGGUCUGAUCUGGACGUACGCUUGGCAACGUCUGAUGAUAUUGGAUCGCGCUUCCAUAAGGGCUUCUGGAAUAGAAGUGAAGAGUUUGUGCCGCUUGUUGAAUGGCUUAUGAAGAGACACAAGUUGGUUGUUUGCGGCCACAGCUUCGGAGGCGCUUUAGCAACCAUCUCGUCCUACCUAGCCAUGGUCAGUCGUGAUCCUGUUCCCAAUGCCUGGGAAGAAAGACAAGGCGGCAUAUCCAUCAUCACAUUUGGGUCACCUUCGUGUAUGGUCGCUGAACCUCGAGGAACGACAGCUUCCCUUCAAAUGAACUUGAGCGGCAACUUUCACCAUGUUAUUAACCCUCACGACUACGUUCCCUUCGCACUUAACGAUAGCUCGAGGAGGUUCAGACAGGGCUUCGACGCUUUGCGAACACCAUUAGGAAAUAUUUCACCCACUAUCCAAAUGCUAUGGCCUAUUCUCGAGUACUUUCUGGAUCUUCUGUUGCAGCAUACCGGCAAGUUCUGUCACUUCGGUUGCAUGUACUCCAUUGCGGCCGAAGUACCGGGGAUCCAGAAUUGUGUUCAGACUUUGCGUGUCAAUGACAUACCCCAGAUACCCAGCGCAGGCCAGGUUGACCAAUACCACAAGAUGUCACAUUACUUCCAUUGUGUGAAGAACUCUGUCGGCGCACGACUUCAACAGGAAGCUUCAUCAGAAGUCGUUCAUGGGAUGCGUUCUGAUGUUUCAUCAAUGAUCCUUCCGAUGCCCGAGACGGUGACCAGCUGCGCCUGCGUGAUUCACAGCGACCACUUGAUUGUAUCACUCGACGUCGAUACGCCUGUGAUGCAGUAUCUUUUGAAAGGAGCAACCUUCAGGAACGAUACCCGAGAAAUUCCUCUUACGAUUCUUGGGUUCCCUACCAAGUCUGACCACUACCAGACUUCUGUGAAACUGGAGUAUCGGAUCAAAGCCGGUGACCCCUUUGACGAUAUUGGAAAAGCUUCAAUCGCCAUCCAGAAAGGCAUCACCCUUCAUGAUAUCUUUGGGCGAUCUACAGACAUUGAUGUUGACACGGUAAGAUCAAUGAGUCUGGAUAGAGCCAGUUUGCCAGCGACAUUUGAAAGUAUCAGGCUGGCAAUGAUACGCGCGCUUGUUGCGCAGAUGUCAAAAGUCCAAGCCCUCAGAACUGAUAAUACCUCUCGCGAUGCCCAUCCCCCAGAAGAGUUCAUGGCGAUUGUCGACAAGAUAAAAACUGUCGUAGAAUGUAUUGACGGCUUGGUCAGCGAUGCCAGCCCCCAUCUCGUCGUUAGUCGCCUGGGGCAUGCUUUUACCAUUCUGAAGGUGCUUUGGCCGAAGGACUUUGAGAUUGGAUCCGACUUCCAUGCCUCUAUGCCUGGGGCGUAUGGAGAUGAAGAAUCUGACACUGGCCUUCUUCACGAUAUUCCUCAUGACUGCCCUAAAGCGCUUAGAAAGCUCAUUACGGACAUGUUCCUUAGUCAGAACGCCCCAGGCAUUACCCGAGCUCAACUUUCUGUCAAAAGCUGGGAAGCCGCCAAGAGACCGACCUUGACAAAGCAAUUCACGAAGAUACCAACAUUUGCUGGAGCUCUUGAGACGUUUAGUCAUGAUCUAUAUCAUCGUUCGACAGACCCCGCAAGACGCACUGAGCAAUCAGUUUCCCAGUUCCAAGACGUCAUGGGUGUCAUCCAAUUCUGUCAUCUUGUUAUCAUCACUCAACUUGACGCGCCAUAUGAAUGGUACUGCAAGUCUACUGAGGGUCAUCAGAUAACAUCAGCUGCUUUGGGGGCAUUGCCAUCUUACUUCUCCGGAGCUUCGGUAUUUUCCAGAGUCCUAGCCUCAUCCUUCAUGGAAAGCUUGGGCGUGGGAGCCAUUUCCGCUGCUGGUAUGGGGGUAACCGGAGGCAUAGCUGUGUUGUUUGCAAGCACCGCUGUCAUCAAUCAUUUUCUCAACAGGCACAAAGAGUAUCUCAAUCUAACAUUCCCUGGUGCCCUAUCCACCACUCUACAGGCACUUGAUCUACCCAUUGCUGAGUCCGACGACAUAGUGGAGAAGACCCUACUCGAUCGCGUGAAGCAGGAUAUCGCAAGUUCUCGUGCCCCAGAUACUUUGGAGAAGUGGAGGGUGAAACUUGAGGAGGGCUUGAAAGACUAUCCUGGGGCGAAGGCUAAUCAAUGGUGCAUCACACCCACCUUCUUCUGGCCUAAGUGGCUUUUCAAUGUUGCUCAAGUCGCCCAGCUUCGGAUCCAGCUCUCUGACAAGAUCUGCAUCGGAGUACAGGGCUCUACGGAAGCUGGCAAGAGUCAAAUGCUGACAGUCUUGACUGGAGCAUCCGAGGACUACUUCAAGCCUGGCUCCAGCAGACUUUGCAGGACUCUGGGCAUUCAGUCGUACGACUCCGGGGACCUUGGUGCUAUCUUCCUCGACAGUCCUGGUUUUGACGACCAAAAGCCAGAGAUCAAGUAUAUGGCCGAUGUGUUUCAAGAGCUAUUCGCUAUUGUGAUCAUCGUCAUCCCAAUGGAACGAACACGAUCUGAGGCUACCGAAAGUGCACUACGCAUAGCUAUCAAGCUGCUCCGUGACCAGGAGGAUAAGCGUCCACUACGGAUUCUGCUGAGCCAGGCCGAUGGUCUGGAUCAUCACCGCAACAACAAGCAGGUCUUUAGGGACACCCUACGCGAUGUUAAGGAACAGUUCAUGUCGAGAUUUAGACAAGAACUGGGUGAGAACUUCACCACUUUCAGACAACAGCCGUUUCACGAUGGAAUUGUCUGCAAAUCGGAGAAGCUGGAGGAUAUAGUCAAGCCGUUCUCGACGCAUGCCCAGAUGAGUCUGGAUGGCAUUACUGCGUUGGCAGAUUGUCUUCCUGGAACACCAUGUAAGAUUGAAAGAGCGAGCCACUUUGGGAAUUUGUGCGAGUUGGCUGAUGCGGGAGAAAUAUGGGACAUCGAGUCGCUACGCUCCUGGCUUCGGGAUCUUUCACCUAACAGUGUGCCGACUUCGAGUGGCCGUGUGCGGAUCACGCACCAUGUCACUUGGACUAUUCAUCCUUGGUUAUUAAUAUUGAGCAUCAUGACGGAUAUACAAGCCAGUGACACGACAGUCGAUCAGCCUGCACCGACAACAGGCGACACGUCCCAGGAAGAAGCUCCUACGGGACUUCUCCCCGGUCAGCAUUGGACGCAGACCGAGCCAGUUGAAGACGAUGAUGACAAUGACUCGACACUAUCGGACAAUGCUAGCUCAACAGCUUCACUCUCUUCCGAUAUCUUGCGCUACCGAGAGAUCAAUGGAAGGAGAUAUCAUAGUGAACAGGGCGAUGCACAGUACUGGUUAGUGGCUAUCCAAGCAAUCAACUGGACACCCCCAUCCAGUUUGAUUACCGAAGCUAAGCCAGUGCCCAGGAUUUCAAAUGACAACCAAGCCAAUGAAGCACUGGACAUCAAUCACCAUGUUCUAAUUCUCAUGUAUAACGACAAGCUAUACAAAGCGCCGUUGAAAGAUGAUAUACAGGCCGCUGUAGAUAUCGGAACAGGCACAGGAAUAUGGGCGAUGGACUUUGCCGACGAGUUUCCCAACGCAAAGGUGGUUGGAACGGAUAUUUCCCCCAUCCAGCCAAGUUGGCUGCCACCAAACCUCGAGUUUCAAAUUGACGAUUGUACCCAGGAAUGGACGUUCAAGGAGAACUCACUUGACUAUGUACAUAUGAGAUUCCUGGUUGGCAGCAUAGUCGACUGGCCUGCAUUGUUCAAGCAAGCCUACAAAUGCCUAAAACCAGGUGGCUAUAUCGAAAGCCAUGAAGCCUCGCCUUGUAUUGGCAGUGAUGAUAACUCUGUGUCUGAAGAUAGCGCUAUGGGUCAGUGGGGAAAGAUCUUCAUGGAAGGAGGUCGGAAGCUGCAGCGGCCAUUCUCUGUCCUCGAAGAUAAUGUCCAAGUUCAAGGUAUGAAGGAAGCAGGAUUCGUAGACAUUGAGGAAGAAGAGAUCAAGGUCCCUAUUGGCGGAUGGCCUGAAGAUCCAAAGCUCAAAGAGGCCGGUCAGUACUUCCAAGCUGCAAUUCUGCAGGAUGUUGAAGGAACUCUUAUGUUUAUUGCAAACCUACUGGGAUGGAGUAAAGAGGAGAUCCACGUCUUUGCAGCUCGGUACCGUCGCGAAAUCCGUUCAAAGAAAGUUCACGGGUACUUUCGCGGAAAGGUAGUUUGGGCACAAAAGCCGCUUGAAAACUAAUGCUCUGAUUUUGGUUCGCACUGC